AUUUAUAAUAUUAUGAUGAAAGCUACACUAAUUUGAGACGGUUUCAAAAGCAUCUCUAACUUUGGCAAAUGAAAUUCUAAUGGAUUUACUAAGAGAAGAGAGAGUAAAAGUAAUUUACCAAGAGCAAUAGCACUGCAGAAUUCCAAAACUCUAAGGCUAAAAUGGUCGAAGUAAUGAAUACUGAGAUCCAAAGCGCUACGAAAUAAGCAGACAAUUGAAGUUAAGAAUUAUUAAACUUUAACAUAUUUGACCAUAACAAAGUUAUCAAAGGAGAACACAGUGCAUGGUCGAGUUAGAAAGAAAUAUGAAUGCACAGCAAAACCAGAAAUACAACACUAAAUCUGCAAGCCUUGUCACAGAAACUAUAGCCGCCGUUAUGGCACCCAUUUUGGACACGAGCAAUGCGUCGUAUGUGGCAACAACUUACAACGUGGAUGCCGCAGCAACAACAGCGAUAGCGCUACCCUAUUGGAGUAGCGAUGGCGGCGAGGAGGGCGGUGGUAGUAGUAGCUAUAGUGGACUUAGUGCGACAGCGGGCAGCACUCACGCCUAUAAUGACACACAGGCGGCAGAUUGCAAUUCGAGCGUUUAUUAUGAUUAUCCGCCACCAUGUCUGUCCUUUGACGAGCCGGCGAAUGUAUCAUAUUGGAAUGUAACCUGCGAUAAUCCGUUGGAAUAUGGACUACCUUUGUAUGGCUAUUGCAUGCCCUUUCUACUGGUCAUAACAGUGGCGGCAAAUUCGUUGAUUGUGCUGGUGCUAAGUAAGAAACACUUGGCCACACCCACAAAUUUAGUUUUGAGGGCCAUGGCGAUAUGUGAUAUGCUGACAGUGAUAUUUCCGGCGCCGGGACUCUGGUAUAUGUACACAUUCGGCAAUCAUUACAAGCCGUUGCAUCCGGUAUCGAUGUGUCUGGCAUAUUCUAUAUUUAACGAGCUUAUGCCUGCUGUUUGCCACACGGCGUCCAUUUGGCUAACCUUGGCGCUGGCUAUUCAAAGAUACAUCUACGUGUGUCACGCGCCCAUGGCACGUACAUGGUGCACCAUGCCACGCGUCAAACGAUCAACAAUCUACAUCGCCCUCGCCGCUUUCCUGCAUCAGCUGACACGGUUUUUCGAUCGCACCUACUUCCCGGUCACCAUCGAAUGGAACGGCCAGCAAACGGAGGUGUGCCAUGUGGAAACCUCCGAUUGGGUAUACAAUUAUGUUGGCGAAGACCUCUACUUUUCCAUAUAUUUUCUAUUUCGCGUAGUAUUCGUGCACGUGGUACCGUGCAUCUUACUCGUCACGCUGAAUGUGCUGCUCUGGCAAGCCAUGGAAGAAGCAAAGGAACGACGCAAAGCGCUCUUCCGCGAUAAUAAGAAAGUAGAGAGCCGCAAGGUGCGCGACAGCAACUGCACCACAUACAUGCUGAUUACGGUGGUCUCGGUCUUUCUAGCUGUUGAAAUACCCAUAGCAGUGGUGACGGUACUGCACAUCUUCUCCUCGUUAAUGGGCGAAUUUUUGAAUUAUCGCAUGGCCAAUAUAUCCAUAAUGUUUACGAACUUCUUCCUCGUUGUUAGCUAUCCGAUCAACUUCGGCAUCUACUGCGGCAUGUCGCGGCAAUUUCGUGAAACCUUCAAAGAUAUAUUUUUCGGUCGCUUUCUCACCAAAAAAGAUGCUUCAUCGAAAUACUCCAUUGUUAAUGGACCACGCACCUGCACCAACACUAAUGAGACUGUGCUCUAGUAAAUGGUGAUGUGGGUACCGUUUCGCGGCGCUGCUGCUGGUGGCGCGAGCAAAUGGCGAAAUGGUGCGAUGGCCGCUAAGGUGGCGAAUAAAACGCGACGGCGUAGCGAAUACAAAACGAACGUUGAUAUUAUAGCCGAAGAGUCGGUUGUGGUGGUGGUGGCCGCACAAGAGGUGGCACGGAAUGAGGUUAGAGUGCUAAAUGAGGACGGCGAGCGCGCCAAAGUUUCGGUAUAACUGCACAUAAGGGUUAUUAGUGGCGGAAAUAUAUACAUACAUAGGUAUUCAAAAUAUAUUUUUACACAGUAUAAUUGGGAGAAAUUGAAAUAAAUGAAUAAGCAAAGUGUUAUUAAGCUGAUUUAAAUGCAAAAGUAUUGUGAAAACAUAAAAUUAUUUGUACAUACUUACUGGCGUAUAUUAAGUAAAUGCUAAGCUCGAAAUUAGUUAAUCGAUGUCUGCUAAGCACUUUCCGUUAUAAGUUUCUCAUUGUUAUAUCUGUGGAGCACUUUAGGAUAUUUAAGCUGCCAAGCCAAAUGUAAAUACAAUUCCCACACGCAAUAUACCUUUCGUUAGCUCAAGGCUUAAUUUAAUGGAAAGCCUUAAACCACAGCAGCACAAUGCCAGCUACUUGUGUACAUAGCAACCUGAGCACACUCCUUAAA